CGUGACAGGAUAUCCGGGGAUACAAAUAUUGAUUACUUAAUCGUGGCAGUGGCACGCGGGGGUGACGUCACUGAGAGCCGGUGGUGAAGCUGAACAUGGCGGCUGUGAGGAUGUCCGCUGUCCGCUCUGCUGUGAUGCUUGCUGCGGUUCUGCUCGGGAUUUUCGCGGCUGGAAAAUGCACAGAACAAGUUCCUCUGCUGAUGUGGACCAGUAGUGGGUUUUCAUUGGCACCCCGGAGCGACCCGGCUGCAGGUCACACCGUAUCGGUGAGCGAGCUCCAGUCCUACCUGAACACGGCGUUCAGAUCUGCACCUCACAACGUCCUGCUGUUCUUUCAGGACAAGUUGAGUGUUGAUGACUUCACCAAGUACGCCGGUGUAUUCGGGAACAAACAGAGCAGUGCCUUCCCCAAUCUGGAGAUGAAUCUGCAGUCCUCCUCGUCUCUGCUCCUGCCGUCGGUGUCAUCCUCGGCCAGCGCCUCUCUCCCCACUCUGCUGCAGGACGAGCUGAACACGGCGCCGCUCUACAUGGACCCGGAUACGCUGGCCCAGCUGAGACUCAAUGCCUCUCUUCCCGCUCUGCUCAUCUUCAACCUCCCCUACAGCUCCUCUGGGGCUGAUAUGAUGUCUGUUAAAGAAGUACUCGGUGGUAAUGACGAGGUGAUUGGUCAGGUGCUGAGAAUUAUGGGUAAUCAGCCUGUCCCUUACACAGCCAUCUACACUGCUCUCCGUCCCUCACGGGUGAUGGAGGAGGUGUUUCCGGAGGUGCGUUCUGUCGGAGCGCGCUCUCUGCUGCAGUACCGGCGUGAGGGUUCUCCUGCUCCCUACGCCCCUGUGGAGUUUAAAGAACGCGGUUCUACCUGCAUCCUGCUCUGGGCCAAGAACCUGACCGUGAGUGAAUAUCGCUCUGGGAAGUGGGAGAGGCACAACCUCGGCCCUAAAACCUUUGGAGAGGGGGUUUCUCCUAAACUGGAGGGAUCCUUCUGUAACGCCACGCACUCCAGGCUCGUCCUCAACUACGAAAACGUAUUAAGCUACCGUUCUUUCAAACUCAUCUUUGUGAUGAGUCAGAGGCACUACAAGGUUUCAGCACGGCGCUGGUUCACCAUGGAUCGGGUCCAGCUGGAGUACGACGGCAAAACGGCUUCGUUUAACGGCAGCCGCAAAAUCUACGCUCCGGCCGAGUACUCGUACCGCUGUCACUCUGUCACCAGCUUCCGCUACCCACAGCUCACUCCUCGCUCGGCCAAGGACAACGCCAACGACUGGAGGGUCGCCUUCGACGACUUCCAGAUCCAGGGCUUUAAUGUGACGGGGACAGAGUUCUCUUACGCCAGCGAUUGCGCCGGGUUCUUCACCCCGGGGAUCUGGAUGGGACUGCUCACCUCGGCACUCAUGGUUCUGCUCCUCACCUACGGCCUGCACAUGAUCAUGCAGCUGCACACCAUGGACCGCUUCGACGACCCCAAAGGCCCCGCCAUCUCUGUCCCACAGACCGAGUAACAAGCCCCGCCUCCUCUCUGUCCCACAGACCGGUAACAAGCCCCGCCUCCUCUCCGUCCCACAGACCGGUAACAAGCCCCGCCUCCUCUCCGUCCCACAGACCGGUAACAAGCCCCGCCUCCUCUCCGUCCCACAGACCGGUAACAAGCCCUGCCCCCUCCUUCCCACAAGCCCUGCCCACUACAUCCCACAGAGUAACAAGCUCCACCCCUCUCCACAGAUACUCUGUUUUCAUUUCUUCAGUGCAAUAUGAGUAAACCGUUCCAUCUUUUAUUUUUCUCUCAACAAAUUUUGCUGUGUGUGUGUUGAGUGUUAUGCUUUCUGCUGGGAAUUUAAUUUCAGUGUUAACGUUAUGUUAAAGCGAAGAGACACUGAGGCGGUUUGCUCAAAACAUGUUCCUUUAUCCCCAAAUGUCAUCAGCGGAGACGUGUUCGUGUUCAGACGCUGGUUUGUUUAGUCUAACAGUAACUUAACCGUAGUGUAAGUCCUCCAGUUUAGCAUGGAGCUCUAAGCACGUGUGUAAAUGAUCCUCAGAAUCUGUGUCAGACUCAGGCAGGGGGUGUGGCCUAGAGCCUGAAGGCGGAGCUUGUACCUUUAGAAGUGAUUUGGAUUCUAAUAACUGCUAUUGCUCUGGUGUUUCAUGAAACGGUUUGUGUAUAAAGAGUGUUGAGGUGAGGGUGUGAUGCUAAACCGGAAACAUUCGCUUCGAAUCAUUUCCACCACUUUUCUGUAUUUAUGUGUCAGAGGAGUUUUAGUGAAACACCGCUGGUGUGAGUGUGCGUGAGUGUGCGUGAGUGUGCGUGAGUGUGCGUGAGUGUGCGUGAGUGAUGUGUCCGAGUUAAUUACCAGUGAUACACAGCGGUAAUUCCGGGUUCUGCCACUAGAGGUCAGCGGGUGUUGUUGAAAUAUUCCUACACAUGAUGAUAAAUGACUGAAAAGAGAACAAACCUCUGCGUUUUAUUUCAUCUCUCAGAAGCUUCCGUUUCAGUUCAUUAAUUGACUCAUGUUCAUUUUCCUCAAGACGGUGAAAUUUAUUUAUUUAGGAAUAUAAUAAACAUGUUGUUUGGAAUAAACUAUAUAUAAUAAGAUGAAAUUAUUGCAGUCGAGUAGCUUGCUGAACUUAUUUAUUUGUAGCGUGUGUGCGUUGUUGUUGUUGUUGUUGUUGUUGUUGUUAUUGUUGAUUAUUGUGGAGUGUGUAUUAACAGGAUUAAAGGUAUUCUGUGUUAUAAAAGCUGUAAACACUGGGAAUUUAAGUGAUCUAAAUAUUAGCGAUAAAAAUGAUCCUGUGUGUGAAAUCUUCAUCCCUCUGCACAUCAGGUUUCAUUAAAGAGACAGAUUUAAA